CCUGAAAACUUCCACCUGUUCUGUGAUCCUUAUCUCCUGGGCACAACCUGCUUAACAGACCAUCUCUAGUGUUGCUGCACAGUGGAGAUAGGAGCGGCCGCAUAAAAGAAAGAAAAGGAAUCGAGAUCCCCACCGUAUUUUAUUCUGCUAUAGACACAGUGCACAACCCUACUUGUCUAUCAAGCGGGAGGAAUUCAUGGCCAUUGCAAAUUAGGAAGCAAGGACCAAAGAGAUCGGCGUGCCCUUAGCCCGUACCUUUUUUUCCUACUUACCCCCUUUCGCCGGGGGUGGGUUUCUUUUUAACAGGUAUGAUGAUGUCAAACGUGAUGCUGAUGCUCCAGUGACUUAAGCCAGCCUCUUUUGGCGCAGACUCCGUAAUCCUCUCGGUGCUUCCAGCUCUGGGUUUCAGAGAAGUACAUCUCCUAAUCGGGUCACAUUUCAGCGGGGAUCCAGGCAUCUCUCCAUCUCUCUUCUUCUCGCUCUUUUCCCCAAGUCAGAGAGGGGAGAAGAGGACAAACCAUCGCUGUCGAGCAGGCGAGCAAAGAGCCGCGCCAAAGAUGAGAGCCCCAGGCAGUUGCCUGGUGCCGCUGCUGCUGGCCAUCGUUUUGGCGGAAGGGGACGGCAAAGGGGGGAAAGAAGGCGAAAACCCCGGCAAUUUUAUGGAGGACGAGCAAUGGCUGUCUUCCAUUUCCCAGUACAGCGGCAAGAUCAAACACUGGAACCGUUUCCGAGACGAGGUGGAGGAUGACUACAUCAAGAGCUGGGAGGAUAAUCAGCCAGUUGAUGAAGGCCUGGACACCACCAAAGAUCCCUGCCAGAAAGUUAAAUGCAGUCGGCACAAGGUGUGCAUUGCCCAGGGCUACCAGCGCGCCAUGUGCAUUAGCCGCAAAAAGCUGGAGCACAGAAUCAAGCAGCCUGCUGUGAAACUCCAUGGAAACAAGGAGAGCCUUUGCAAGCCUUGUCACAUGACCCAGCUGGCAUCUGUCUGUGGCUCCGAUGGACACACUUACAGCUCUGUGUGCAAACUGGAACAGCAAGGCUGCCUGACCAGCAAGCAGCUCACAGUCAAGUGUGAGGGCCAGUGUCCAUGUGCCAGUGAGCAUAGCCCGACCUCAGCCACAGACGCCAAACAAGAAACUUGUACUGGACAAGAUCUGGCAGACUUGGGGGAUCGGCUGCGUGACUGGUUCCAGCUCCUGCAUGAGAAUGCCAAGCAGAACAGCUCCGGAAGCACAGGAGCCAAUCCAGUGACUGUGCUGGACAAGAGCCUUGUGGCCAGUUGCAAAGACUCCAUUGGUUGGAUGUUUUCCAAACUGGACACCAACAGCGACCUUUUCCUGGAUCAGACAGAGCUGGCUGCUAUCAACCUGGACAAGUAUGAGAUUUGCAUCCGGCCUUUCUUCAACUCCUGCGACACCUAUAAGGAUGGGCGCGUCUCCACCGCAGAGUGGUGCUUCUGCUUCUGGAGAGAGAAGCCUCCCUGUCUUGCGGAGCUGGAGAGGACUCAGAUCCAGGAAGCAGCAAAAAAGAAGCCUGGGGUCUUUAUUCCUAGCUGUGAUGAAGAUGGGUACUACCGAAAAAUGCAGUGUGACCCAAGCAGUGGAGAGUGCUGGUGCGUUGACCAUCUUGGCAUGGAGCUGGCAGGAACACGGAUGCAUGGGAAUCCAGAUUGUGAUGAUAUUGUUGGAGUCUCAGGGGACUUUGGGAGUGGCGUUGGAUGGGAAGAUGAAGAGGAAAAAGAGACCGAGGAAGCUGGCGAGGAGGCCGAAGAAGAAGAGGGAGAGGCAGGAGAGGCAGAUGAUGGAGGCUACAUCUGGUAGAAGUAACUUAAAAGCGCAGUUUGGUCGGGAUGCUGGCAGCAGGGCUGGGAGACCGCAGUCAAAACUCAAAGGAGAGGAACAGCUUAACAAGAUGAUCAGGAAACACAGUUGAAUGUAACUAACUAUGGCAGAACAUGUUGUGCGAGUGUGCGUGCGUGUGCAUCAGUGUGCCUGCCUGGGUGAGCCCAUCCUCUUUACAUGGUUAUGGAGACGAUCUGCACUCUUCCAGCUUAGCAGAGAUCAAAACUGUAGCAAAGCAAAAUGGGAGGGGGAAGUUCUCAGCACUGUAUGUACAGGUUUUGUUUUUUUAAAAUAAUAACUUAAUUUCUAGAUUGCCAGUGACCCAUUUCAGCUCCUAACCAGAUUUGCAAAGCUUGAGAGCUACAUUCGCUUGCCCCCUUCGGAUCUGUAGCUGUGGUACCUAGCAAUAUCCUGCAGUAAGUAAUGCACUGUUAAGAGACAUACCUUGGUGCGCCAGAUCACCUCUGGCAUCUUGCAGUCAUGCUCUGAAAUCAGCCCAGAGUCUGCCAGCGCUUCCUUCGUCUUCAUUGCAGCAGAGAAAACGUGAUCAGCAGGAUCUGAAUGACAGGCCAGGGACUAGGAGCUGCCCCCUCCUCUAGAUGUUAGAGCAGGGGCCAAAUCGGGCAGGGGCAGGUAGCACGUCUGCUUGUUCCAGAUGCUGUUCAAUGGCUGUCACAUGAAGAACUUUUCAGCCGCCUGGAGGGACAUGCAUGGUCCUGUCUUCCUGUUACCGA